GCCAUGCAUGACGGAGAUUCCACCUAGAGCUCGAUCGGAACCCAGCAUUAUCUGAGGAUCAAGAAAGGAUCAAUGGAUCCUGCAGGAUCGCUGACGAGUCCAGCUCUACCAUGGAGCUACCUGGCCUGCGGCCUCCUGGGCCUGGCGCUCCUGUGGCCGGCCACCCGGCUGCUGGAGCAACUAUGGCGGCGGCCGAGGCGGCUCGAGCGAGCUCUCCGCGGCCAGGGCCUCGGCGGCACGCGGUACCGCUUCCUCACCGGCGACGCGAUGGAGCUCGGCCGCCAGAACAAGGAGGCGUGGGCCAAGCCGCCCCUGCCGCCGCGCUGCCACGACAUCGCCGCCCGCGUCAUGCCUUUCCUCCACGGCGCCGUCCGGGAGCACGGCGCGCCGUGCGUCUCCUGGUUCGGCCCUGUCCCCAAGGUGACCAUCACCGACCCUAGGCUGGUGAGGGAGGUGAUGGCCGGCAAGUUCGGCCACGUCCAGAAAGUCAAGUUCCCGGUGCUGGCCAAGCUGCUCGCGCUCGGCGUCGGAACCUACGAGGGCGAGAAGUGGGUCAAGCACCGCCGGAUCCUCAACCCCGCCUUCCAUGCCGAGAAGCUCAAGCUCAUGUUGCCGGCGUUUUCUUCGUGCUGCCAAGAGCUCGUCGGCAGAUGGACGCAGUCCCUUGGCCCCGACGGCUCGUGGGAGGUGGACGUCUGCUCCGACCUCCAGACCCUCACCGGAGAUGUCAUCUCUCGCACCGCGUUCGGGAGCUCUUAUCUCGAGGGAAGAAGGAUUUUUCAGCUGCAGUCUGAGCAGAUUGUGCGCUUCAUGGCGGCCCUUCACAAGUUUUUCAUUCCCGGUUACAUGUCGUUCCCUACCAAAAAUAACCGAAGGAUGCGUCAAAUUAAUAGCGAGAUUGAGUCCAUUCUGCGGAAUCUAAUUGCCAAAAGGAUGCAAGCUAUUGAGGAAGGAGAAAGCACGAAAGACGACUUACUUGGCUUAUUGCUCGAAUCAAACAUGGCAGACAAAGAUGCAAAUGGCCAAUCCGUCAAAGGAAUGUCGACCGAAGAGGUCAUAGAGGAGUGUAAGUUGUUCUAUUUUGCAGGAAUGGAAACAACAUCGGUAUUGCUCACAUGGACAAUGGUUGUGCUUAGUAUGCACCCGGAGUGGCAGGACCGUGCACGGGAGGAGGUUCUUCGCUUGUUUGGGAAACAUAAGAUUGACUACGAGGGUCUCAAUCGACUCAAAACUGUGACAAUGAUUCUUUAUGAAGUUCUCCGUUUGUACCCACCGGCUUCUUCAUUCACCAGGCAAACAUAUAAGGAGAUUGAGAUCGGAGGCAUCAAAUACCCAGCUGGUGUGAUCUUCGAGAUGCCCGUGUUGUACAUCCACCACGAUGAGGACAUUUGGGGAGAUGACGUGCACCAAUUCAGGCCCGAUAGGUUUGCGGAGGGGAUCUCCAAGGCAUCCAAGGACCCGGGAGCAUUUUUGCCAUUCGGUUGGGGGCCACGGACCUGCAUCGGGCAGAACUUCGCCUUGCUUGAGGCCAAGAUGGCACUGUGCAUGAUCCUUCAACGCUUUGAGUUUGACCUCACACCGGAGUAUACUCAUGCACCGCAUACUGUGAUGAUGUUGCGUCCCAUGCAUGGUGCUCAAAUUAAACUCCAGGCGAUCUCUUCGUAG